GAUUAUUAUUUACUAACAUGAAUAAAUAAUGUCAGCUGCAGAAUCAUUCGGUGACUCAUUAAAUAAUGUGAUCAAUUCACCAGAAGCUGUAAAGAUAAUUCAACAGCAAGAGCUAAUGCUUACAAAAUUUGAAAAAACAAAUGAAAUGCUUCGUACAGUCUCUGAACUAUCCGAGGGAAGAUAUCGUAUCCUAUGCAAUGAGUUGAAUACGCAUACAAAAACUAUUCUGUCUUUGAAAAAAGAAAUGAACGAUGUGUUCAAGCGUAUUCGAUCGAUCAAAAAACUAUUGGCCACCUAUUUUCCCGAUGAUAUGGAAAGACUUAGCCAGCAGCUGGCGGCUAGCAGUAAUACUGAAGAUACAGGUGAUGACUGUAAUACUGUACACAAUGCUGCUGCUAGUCGAUUGCCAGAAACAUGUACAAUUCCAAAAGCGAUGGAGACAGUUUGUGAAGACUCUUCUUUAGAAUGAAAUAUUGUCAAUAACUUUUUCAUACAUGUGAUAUAUACAUACAAACAUGCAUAAUAAAUAUUGAUUUUUCACUUUUCAUUUCUGUUUUCGUGGUUACGCAGUGUUAAAAGUCUGUUUGCCCUUUCGUUUUUAAAUAUAAUAGUUGUAUUUAUCUGAUU